CGCGGCCGCAGCGCCCGACCCGGCCAAGCUGGCCGCCCAUCAUCGGUCUGGUGCCCCUGUCGAUGCGCUGGACCUGGCGGGCGACAAGUGCCGACCGUGCCAUGGGGGCCCAGACUCGCUCAUCGCGCUGCCACUGGCGGAGCUGGCGCAGAUCCAAGACCCCGCGGUGCCGCACUGGGAGCCCCGCCUGGGGGGCUCACUCGCGGCGCGCUGGGAUUGUGUCCGGCGGCUGGAUCGCGCGGGCCUCAUCGCGCGGAGAAAGCGCGCACGUUGCGAGUGCGGCGCUUGUCCAUGGGCAGAAGAACGACGCCAUCAGGCUGGUGCUGGGCUGCAGGGCGACGAACCAGUUCCACCGGCGGCCGCCGAAGUCGGCGCUGGCGACGCCAGGCCCGCUCUCGAGCCUCGCCCCGCCCUGGCAGUGGAGUGGCGCCGCUUGUCGGCUGCCGACCUCCCGUCGCGCGACGCGCGGCCCGACGGCGUCGACGUGAUCGAGCUCUCGCGCGCCAGCAUGGACCUCAAGGGCGGGUUCUACCAGUUUCGGGCCGACAGCGUCGCUCCGUGGUUCUCGCUCGGCGCCUCGGCCACGGCCUGCGACAUCGGCAUCGCCGAGGUCUGCGAUGUCGACGUGCUGCGGGGCCUGCCGAUCGAAAGCUACGAGCUGCUCUGGGCGUGUUUUGGUGGGCUGAAGCUGGGCCCGGAGGCCGCGCUCAAGCUGUUCAAGGCGUUGCAGGGCGAGCUCGCCAAGACCGGGUUCGUGCUCCACGAGGAGGCCGAGCCCGCGGCCGACUACGAGCUCGACGGCAGGCAGAUCAAAGGGCUCAUCGGCCACCUGGUCGACGUCAGCGUGCGCCGUGAACUCCUCAGCUGCCUCUGCUCCGUCUACCAGUUCGCGGGCAACGGGCUGGGGCCGCCUCGCCCCUUCGACGGGGCUGUGGUCGCGGUGCUGCGACUUGCCCAGGGCUGGCUGGCGCUGCUGGCCGCGUCGGCGUUGGGCAGGAGCAUCGCGCGCGUCGCGUGCUGCUCCGACUCCAGCUCCAGGGGCUUCGCCGUCCGCGUCGCCGACGCGGGGCCGCGGGAAGCCUGGGGCGCCGCUCAGUUGCGCGAGAGAUGGAGGUUCAGAGAGCCCGACCCCGGGCCGCUGCCAGAUGAUCGAGGAUAUGAUCUGCGAGGCGCGUUGGCACCAGGCGCCGAGGGCGCGGUGGCCACCGGCGACUUCGCGGCUCGCGCGCCUCCUGCUGGCUGCGCCGCCGCCGACUGGGCCGCUCGCCCCCGUGGAGGUCGUGACGUGGGCCGC